CGAAACUGAUGAUUUCGGAAGGGGGUUAAAAAAAUACCUCCAGGAGAACCUCUUGAUCACAGAGAAAUCUCGCAUAACAUUUGAAUAUGUGGAACCCUGUCUUUCGUCGCAGGUGUCUCCGUUUUCAAACGUCGGCGUCGAGGCGGAGAAGAGGGCGGCCGGAACAUGUUUCCGCGCACAAACCUCCCUGGUGCGGGAGAAAUCUUUAUCAGACUGGAUGGAGAUUCCGCGUGCAAUGCCGUGCGUCCAUAUCGGGUCUACUUUGCUUAGGACAAAGACGUAGGAUGAACACCUAAUGUCAUGCCAUCAGAGCUACCUCCCCCCAACCGAGUGCCUGCGCUACUUCGCCGCGGGACGCUUCCUGCUUGUCUUCAGGAAGCCGGACGAAGAUGACAUGCCUUUGCGAAAUCUCAUCCCCGCGCCGUUUGGAUACCCGACCACCCUGCCGUCAUGGAAAAUCACCAGGUACUGAAGCAGAGGUAUCGCCGUCUUUCAUCGCUCUGGCGUCACUCGUUGUUGCAUUCGCUAUGCUCUUUAACUCCAUCGGCGACAGUCUUGUGCUUUUGAUGCAUUCCGGAUCUGGUUUCUUAAUUACUUUCCUAUUAUGGGGCUUCUUCGCCACACUCGUUCUUUGAUGGGACACGCAGACAUGUAGAUGGAUAGCAACACCGCCUACUAUACACCUUUCUGGUUAGUCUGAGAUGGUGGCCCGGAAGCUGUUGCUCCUGCACAGGCAUCUAUUUGAUUCCCUUUGCGGGGUGUGACUCCGCUUGAAUAUGCUUGAUGUCGACUAAAGGAAGG